UAUGGACAGCCCGCGCGGCGCAGUGCAGCUGGUGAGCCCACGCGCACUUUUUGUUGGCUGACACUUCGAAUUCUUUGUCUUUUACUUUACGGUCGACAACUUGCCCCUCUGUGUAUCUGUACUGUUGGUGAAGCGCUCUGUGACCAGGGAAAAAUUGGAGCCGAAACAACUGCUGAACCUCCAGACCGAGUUUCAAAAUGUUUUUUUCAAAACUAAUGCUGGUUCUUUAUCUAACCUGCUCGCUCGGACCUAUGCUGUCUGUCCAGAUGUGUGAGGUCAUGUGGGAGCUGGAGGCAGAGAAAAGAGAGUGUUUGUCCAAGCUGGAAAAUUUCACAUCAGGUUGCACAGGUGAAUGGGACCUAGCAUGCUGGCCAUCAGCCAGGAUUGGAGAGUUGGUCACCAUCCCCUGCCCAAAUUACUUCAGCCAUGUCAGUGAUCAGAGAGGAAAUAUAUCGAAGAGCUGUACUGCCAAUGGCUGGACCGAAAUCAUCCCAGUUGUCGUUGCGUUUAAUUGUGGCUACAACCCCAAUAUCACAGAGGAUGGAAAGGUGGGUGAAUUCCUGGGCUCUGUGAGAAUCGGAUACACCAUUGGUCACGCUGUGUCUCUUAUAUCCCUAAUCAUUGCCAUCAUUAUACUGUGCUUUUUCAGAAAACUCCACUGCACAAGGAACUACAUCCAUAUACAUCUGUUCAUGUCCUUUAUACUAAAAGCUGUUGCUGUGAUUAUGAAGGAUGUAGUCCUAUAUGAGGUGGAAGAACCUGACGACUGCCACUAUGGAUCUGUGAGCUGCAAGGCUGCAGUGGUGUUCUUCCAGUAUGGCGUCAUGGCCAGUUUCUUCUGGUUAUUGGUGGAAGGUCUUUAUCUCCAUGCUCUACUGGCUGUAUCCUUCUUCUCUGAGAGGAAGUACUUUUGGUGGUACAUUCUCAUUGGAUGGGGAGUUCCAGGUGUCUUCAUAACAAUCUGGAGCAUCACAAAAGCUUAUUUACAUGAUAUUGGAUGCUGGGAUUUUAUUGAUGAUGAUCUGUGGUGGAUUAUAAGAACCCCUGCUUUGAUAACAAUACUGAUGAACUUUAUUCUCUUCAUUUGUAUCAUCCGGAUACUUCGACAAAAAAUCAGUUGCCGAGAUAUUGGGAGAAAUGACUCACACCAGUACUCGAGACUGGCAAAAUCAACUCUACUUUUGAUUCCUCUGUUUGGAAUAAACUACAUAAUCUUUGCCUUCAUGCCUCAUCACAUAGAGUCUAAUGUGCGUCUGGUGUUUGACUUGAUCCUGGGGUCCUUUCAGGGAUUUUGUGUCGCUGUCCUGUACUGUUUUCUAAAUGGAGAGGUUCAGUCUGAGAUAAAACGAAAAUGGAGGCGGUGGCACAUGCAGAGAUUUCUGGGAGCUGACACCAAGUACCAGCAGCCCUCGAUGACAAGCAAUGACAUCAACUUCAGCUCUCAAAUCACUAUGAUGACUAAAUGCAGCCCUAACACACGCAGGGCCUCCGCCUGCCAAGAUGACUUCUCUACUGUCUGAGUGCAGAGUGAUGCUCUGUCUAUGAUGAGAGACAGAGACCAAUGAGUCUGUGCUUUGCAAGCACUCACACCACCAUCACUCAUCUCCAAGGUUGCAGCUCAACUCUAUCCUGUAGUAACUUUGCAUCUCACUGCUCAGUAGCAAUGGAUCGGAAACACGCACCUCAGUGCUCGUUGUUGUUGGUUUGGCAUGAGACAUACACAAACUCUUCAAUCAUAAAGAUGUAUCAUCAUAGCCAUCCCAUUAUACACAUUGUUUAGGGAGAACUUUGAUGGAAUAAAGGGAAAUACAAAGGUGAAAUGGACAUGUUUUGACGUUUCAAUGUUUUUAAAUAAACUACUGACUCUGAACAGCAAGGGACACUGUCUUUAGUAAAAGGGUGCAAUCGAUGCACGUUCAUGAAGAGUCAGUUCAUCCAAAAAAAAAUUAUUGUGUCAUACUCAUAUUGUUUCAAACUUGCAUGUAUUUUAUUCUUUGGUGGAACGCUUAAAAAUUAAAGUGAAUAGUGACUGAAGCUGUCAUUCUCCCUAACAUUUGCCAGUUGUUGGGUGAACUAUCCCAUUAAUCUUUGCCUUACAAACUCAUGAGACUGUUGAUGAAUAAUACUGUGGAACACUCUAUGCAUAAUUAGAGAGAUUUACAUUUGAAUUGUGAUCUCCAUCCAAAGGCACCCUCCUGUACACAACAAAACAUGCAUAAUCCUCAGCGUUAAUGUUCGGUGUGGCAUACUGUUUUGUUAUUCUGUUUUUCCCUACCUUAUUAUGAUGCUCAAGAUCCUAUUUCUUAGAAUGUUAAAAACCUAGUAAGCUAAAUGGUGACUUUUUUUUUUAUCCCCUUCCUUAUUCCUGGAAAAUGUAAUGUGAAUGACUUAGACAAUCUGACAUUCUGAUAAAGUCCUGUUUUUAAAUCCUACCCGUUUGUGUCAGGCCCUUGUGUCUUAGUGCACAUGUGGACAAACAUACAGUGGGUACGGAAAGUAUUCAGACCCCCUUAAAUUUUUCAC